CAUUUUCAUAUAUUGCUUAAUUUAUUUUUGCUUCUUUCUCUCAACCUUUUUUUUUUUUUUCUCUCUAGGUGUUUGCAAAUACUUCGUACACAAACCCCUCUCUCCACUGUCUUCAAUACCCGCCCAAGGAAUCCCACGGCUGGUGACGAACAUAAGUACCCUGUCACCCUUUCGUGGGGUUAGCUAUUGGAGACAAAAUGGAAACGCCUCUCACGCCACCACCACAACCAUCCAGGAGCAGCUGUUCGUCUCCUGCCCUAGUCCCCCCGCCCUCGCCUGGCAUUCAGAUCGAUUUGGCUACUGGCGAGGUAACGCGCAAAGUACCGUGCGACCCCCGUCCAGCAUUUCCUGCCAAUUUGUCAGCUCCUGCGGUACCAACCACGUACCAGAGUCCAAUUCGACAGCACAGGAGAACGCCGUCGCAGCAUCGCGAGGUCAAGGAAACUCUCAAUGCGCGAUCCGAAUAUACCAACGACGACGAAGAUGGCCGGUCACACCAAACAGUCAACCAGUACACGAUUAAGGAGGAGAUCGGCAGGGGCUCCUACGGCGCCGUCCACCUGGCCACCGACCAGUAUGGCAACGAAUAUGCCGUCAAGGAGUUCUCUAAAGCUCGGUUGCGGAAACGCGCGCAGUCAAACAUACUCAAAGGCCCGAGAGAGCCAGGGCAAUUUCCUCGAAUGUUCCAAUCCGCGAUUGGGUCGCGGUUGAAUGAGUACCGAACUGCUGAAGCCAAGGAUGCCCUAUACUUGAUUCGGGAAGAAAUCGCCAUCAUGAAGAAGCUCAACCAUCCAAACUUGGUUCAGUUGAUCGAGGUACUCGACGAUCCAGAGGAAGACUCACUCUGGAUGGUGCUUGAGAUGUGCAAAAAGGGCGUUAUCAUGAAAGUGGGACUCGACCAGGCUGCAGAGCCGUAUGGUGAGGAACAAUGCAGACACUGGUUUCGUGACCUGAUAUUGGGAAUUGAGUACUUGCAUGCGCAAGGUAUUGUUCAUCGAGACAUCAAGCCAGAUAAUUUGCUUCUCACGGAGGAUGACAUACUCAAGGUCGUCGACUUUGGCGUGUCCGAGAUGUUCGAGAAGCCCAACGAGAUGCAAACGGCCAAAUCAGCUGGCUCACCGGCUUUUCUCCCGCCAGAACUCUGUGUUGCCAGACAUGGGAACGUGUCUGGUGCGGCUGCCGAUAUAUGGUCGAUGGGUGCCUCCUUGUACUGUAUGCGGUACGGCAGGAUACCGUUCGACCGUUCGACCCCGCUCGAAAUCUACGAAGCGAUCACGACGGAACCACUGAAACUUCCAGCUGACGAGAAUCCGGACUUUGUUGAUCUUUUGAGCAGGAUCAUGCAAAAAGACCCUGGCCAGCGUAUCAGGAUGGAGGAGUUGAGGGAGCAUCCCUGGGUUACCAGGAAGGGAACAGAUUUUCUCUUGAGCAAAGAGGACAACUGCUCCGUGAUUUUGGAGCCGCCAAAUGGUCUUGAGGUCAACCACGCAUUUACGAGAAGAAUGAGCCAUUUGCUCUGCGUAAUGAAAGCAAUUUCGAGGUUCAAGAGUCUACUGUACUCCAGGAGUAUGCCGGGAACUCCUCGGAGAGCGCUGGAGACUCGGAACAGAGAUGCUGAAAGUCACGCAGCUGAGGGGAAGCCGAAACUGUCGCUGUCACCUAGCGCCAACGAUUUGGCUAGCACAACGGAAGCCUCGCCUAACCUAGAGCAGGCUGCUGCUCUUGUGGCGGAACGCCACAAAUUCUUUCAUGCUGGCCGAGCGCUGGCCGGUACGGCCAAGGGACAGGCUCAUGAUCCUACUGACGUGGAACCUCUAUUCCUUGGCAUCGGCACCGGCGGCCGCGACGACUUUGCCGGGAAUGAUCCGCCCGCCGAAGAAGUAUCGGAAUCGCCUGUCGCAGUCGACUUCAACGUUUACGACAGUGCAUACAAGAGUGAAGUUGAUCGCAUCAAGGAGGAGACCAGUGAGCGUCCACCCACGAUGUUUCUGACCCAACUCGUUGACAAAAGGGAGUUGUUUCGCAGCGACAGCGACAUUGUCUCCACAGCUGAGAGUAGCUUGGACAGCAACGUUCAAGGUCAGGGUUCCGGUAAUCUUGGCAGUUCUAGUGAGGAAAAGUUUUCAGACCUGACGAUAGAGGACGCUAAGUAGGUUCCAAGGUCACCGGACAGAGAGGAGUAGCACAAACACGGCUCGUAGUUUUAAGGCGCCCAGACAGGCACCGAGGUAAAUAGCUUACGUCUACCUCACGCCUCAUGGUACUUCCCUCUCCCGUUGCAACGACAGUAACGUACAUUUCAAUCCCCGCCAAGAUUGGCAACAGAAAACAGCCACCGCAUCAAUCGUAUCCGUUUGAAGGUUCGGCUCGGCCAAACUCGGCAUUGCCCUUCAUAUAGUUGGUGCAGCGUUCCCAGUGGGAUUGCAUGAUCAAUAAUCUUUCCGAUCCAAUUGCAGGCUUGGGAAACGUGCAUGGGCAAAAAAGGAAGAUCAGAGACAUUUUCCGAUCAAACUAAGAAAUAUAGCCAUCUCAAACAACCAAACAAAAAAAAAACAAAAAAAAAAAGGGGGGG